AAAAUAAGUAAAAUCUUUAAUUAUUAAUGGAUAUCGAUCGACACAUAUCAUCACUUCUUACAGGCGGAUGUCUCCCAGAAAGAGAUCUCAAACUGGUGUGCGAACGAGCCAAGGAGAUCUUCCUUGAAGAAUCAAAUGUUUAGCCUGUCAGAGCACCAGUCAAUGUGUGUGGUGACAUUCAUGGCUAGUUUUACGACUUACAAGCUUUGAUUAAAGAAGGUGGUGAUAUUCCUGAACAUAACUACAUCUUCAUUGGAGACUUCGUCGACAGAGGAUACAAUAGUGUUGAAACUAUGGAGUAUCUACUAUGUUUAAAAGUCAAGUAUCCAGGAAACAUCGUGUUAUUAAGAGGAAAUCACGAAUCAAGACAAUGCACUUAGGUUUAUGGAUUCUACGAAGAAAUCUUGAGGAAGUAUGGAAAUAGCAGUCCUUGGAGAUUAUUUAUGGAUGUUUUCGAUUGUUUACCCUUGGCUGCAUUAAUAGAAGGCUAAAUAUUGUGUGUUCAUGGAGGUUUGUCUCCAGAUAUGAGAACAGUAGAUCAAAUAAGAACAAUAGAUAGAAAAGUUGAAAUCCCACAUGAAGGUCCAUUCUGUGACUUGAUGUGGUCAGAUCCAGAAGAAGUCGAAUACUGGGCUGUGAAUUCAAGAGGAGCAGGAUAUUUAUUUGGAGCUUAAGUAACAAAGGAGUUUUGCAGAUUGAAUGACCUGAGUUUAAUUUGUAGAGCUCAUUAAUUGGUGAUGGAAGGAUACAAAUAUUGGUUCCCUGAUUAAAAUUUGGUUACAGUGUGGUCAGCCCCAAAUUAUUGUUAUAGAUGUGGAAACAUUGCUUCCAUUCUUUGUUUGGACAAUUAAUUGUAAUCUAAUUGGAAGACAUUCAGAGAGGUACCAGAAAGUGGAAAAAGCAUUAAUCCAAAGAAUGUUCUUCCUUAUUUCUUAUGAAAUAUUGUAUUUAUAUAAAUGCAUAAAUAAUUUUGAGUCAA